UGAAGCUAGAGAUGUUGCGGUAGAUUAGAUCACUAGUUUCUUUGAUCCCUCAGCCCUACAGUACUCCAUUCCUCAGGGUAUCGAGAAAGAAUCCAUUAAUGGAUCCGAUGAGAAGCCAAGGAGGGAUUCAGAUGCUGCUCUCCGCGGAGCAGGAAGCACAACAGAUUGUGGCCGCUGCUAGAAACUUGAAGUUGUCGAGGUUGAAGCAAGCAAAAGACGAAGCAGAGAAGGAAGCCACGAGGUAUCGCUCGCAACUCCAAGCCGACUUCCAAAAAAAAGUAUCCGAGGGGAAUUCAGCUGCGACGGCAAAACAACUGGAGCAGGAAACGGUGAAGAAGAUUGAGAAGCUGAAGCAGUCAUCUUCCAAGGUGCAAUCUGAACUGGUUGACAUGCUUGUCAAAUUUGUUACCACUGUCAAGAAUUGAAAUUUCCCCCCUUCCUUUCUCUCUGAAUCCCCAAACAGCCACAAAUAUGACAUGGGACUGAAGUCGGAGGACAGUAAGCAGACAUCUAUAGCAAGCAAAGUUGAAGAGAAAUUGGGGGCAUGACCCUACUUCCAUUUGACUCUCUCGUAGAUUAAUAAUUCAGCUUGGUUUGGCGAAUUUGUACCUGAAAAUUCCACCAAUAUUGUUUGGGAUGCAUUUGAUUUUCUUUCAACCCAAUUCAUUUUUCUGCAAUUUGGAAUCGUUUUAUAUUCCGCC